UUCACCUAGCUUGAUGACAUCUACCGGUAUAAACACGGGCGGUUCAGUAUUCCUCGGUAAUUAGCUGCAGUCGGGACCCAGGGGACCGAUGAACCUAACUCUCCGGUGUCUAAACGAACACUCCCGACACGAACCGAGUCCCCCCGUUACUAACGGUAGUUUUUGAGGAAUAGAAACUGUUUUCGUCAGAGCUGCGUAGACGAGGGACCGGAGGACCGGGCGGUUCUUCUCUCUACAUUGACCCGAGUUAAUGGUCACUUCCCCGCCUGUCGUCCGGUACUGCAGCAGCUCUGACCCGCUCCUUUCUGUGGAUGGUACCGGGAAAAGAAGCAGCAUGGAGUUUCGGUGGAGCCUCCCCCGAUGCUCCCACACGGUGAGGUAACGGGAGCGGGACGGGGUUACCUCACGCUCACACAUCACAGAGCAGCGACCUGUUGCCGGUGACGCAGAGAGGAUGAACGGAGCCGCAGCAACGUUACUCCUGCUGCUGGUCAGCGGCCGCGCUGCCUUCACUGUCUCCCGCUCCCUGAUGGCACCGCAGGACGGACUGGUUCUGCUUCCGGACGGACUGACGGACGGUACCGACGCUCUGACCGCAACCGUGACAGGUGUGGACAGACGGCGGCACCCCCUGCUGGAGAAGAUUCGUCCCUUUGUCGUGGUGGACGGACAGAGACAGAGCCUCGCUGAAGCGCUACAGGACGGACACCCUGACCGGCUGCAGUGUGGACUGGAGGUGGGAGGACGACUCUUCCUGCUGGACCUGGAGAAGAACCACGACCUGCUGCCCAAACCCCCCAACGUCUUCUACUACCUGCCCAACGGCACCGGGGUGUCUGUGAAAGCCCACCCUGUGACUCACUGUUAUUACCACGGCAGCGUCAGAGGGUUCCCUCAGUCCAGAGUGGCUCUGAGCACCUGCUCCGGACUCCGAGGCGUCAUCGCCAUCAACUCCACGCUGAGCUUCGAGCUGCAGCCGCAGGACAACGGCCUCCGUCACCCGCACCUCCACCAGGGGGAGGAGGAGGAGGGGGGAGGAGGGGAGAGCGGAGGAGAUGGCAGUGGUGGAAGCGGAGGAGGAGGAGGAGGUGAUGAAGAGGAAGUCCACCUGCUGUUCUCCACCAGUCCUCUGGAGGGCGACAGAGCUGGAGGUUGCGGGGUUUCCCACACCGCUGUCCCGCCCAUCCACAGCUCCACACACACACACAGGAGGAAGAGAGACAUCCUGUCUGAGACCAAGUACAUCGAGCUGGUGCUGGUGGUCGACCACCAGGAGUUCCUGAAUUACCAGAAGAACAACAAGACCAUCAUGUACCGGAUGCUGGACGUGGCCAACCAGGUGGACUGGUUCUAUCGCCCUCUGAACGUGCGGGUGGCGCUGACCGGUCUGGAGAUCUGGAGCGACCGAGACAAGAUCCGGGUGGAGAAGAGUCCGACGGACACUCUCAACAACUUCCUGGAGUGGAGAACCAGAGAGCUGCUGCCGCGCCUUCGCCAUGACAACGCCCAGCUCGUCAUGGGCGGGUCGUUUGACGGCACAACGGUGGGGAUGGCGUCUCAGUCGUCCAUGUGCUCCAGAGAUAGGUCAGGAGGAGUCAACGUGGAUCACCUGGUCAGCGUUCUGGGCGUGGCCUCCACUGUUGCUCACGAGCUCGGUCACAAUCUGGGGAUGAGCCACGACACCGCCGAACGCCGCUGCGCCUGUCAGAACGAACCGCGGCUCGGAGGAUGCAUCAUGGAGCCGUCAACUGGGUUCAUGCCGGGUCAGCAGUUCAGCAGCUGCAGCGCCGCAGACCUGUCCGUCAGCCUGCUGCACGGAGGCGGGAUGUGUCUGUUCAACGUGCCGCAGCCGGACCACCUGCUGGGGGGGCCGCGCUGUGGGAACCUGUACGUGGAGAAAGGAGAGGAGUGUGACUGCGGCCUGCUGGAGGAGUGUGAUGACCCGUGCUGUAACGCCUCCACCUGUCGGCUGGUUCCUGGAGCUCAGUGUUCAUCUGAUGGAAUCUGCUGCCAGGACUGUAAAUUGCGGGCAGCGGGCUCAGUGUGUCGGGAGCCGCUCGGGGAAUGUGACCUCGCAGAGUUCUGCACCGGCUCCUCCCCCCACUGCCCCCCCAACGUCUUCCUGCAGAAUGGAGAGCCCUGCGAGGACGGCGCCUCCUACUGCUACGGAGGAGUCUGCGCCAGCAUGCACACCCAGUGCCAGAUGCUGUGGGGCCCCAACGCCACCUCUGCUCCAGCUGUUUGUUUCUCAUCAGUCAACAAACAGGGGAACAAAUAUGGAAACUGUGGUCAGCUGACCAACGGCUCCUACAUCCCCUGUGGACACUCGGACGUUUACUGUGGCAGGGUCCAGUGUCAGGGGGGGAGGGAGCGCCCCCUGCUGGGCACCAACGCAGAGAUCCUCACCACCACGGUGCACUUCAACCACAGCGACCUGGUCUGCAGAGGAACCUUCUUCCACCUGGGAGACGAUGUGUCCGACCCCGCCGCCGUGGCCCAGGGCACCGCCUGCGGCCCCGGAAAGGCCUGUUUGAACCGGAGGUGUCAGGACGCGUCGGUGUUCGGCGUGGACGAGUGUCGCGGGAAGUGUAACGGUCACGGGGUGUGUAACAGUAACAAGAACUGUCACUGUGAUGUGGGCUGGGCUCCACCUGACUGCAGGUACUCAGGUCACGGAGGCAGCGUGGACAGUGGACCGGCCCGAUCUGCUCGAGAGUCUGACCCCGUCCGAGUCGCCAUGCUUGUCAUCUUCCUCUUCAUCCUGCCCGUGGUCCUCCUCUUCCUCGCUCUUCGCUUCCCUCGUUUCCGGCGGAGUCUCCUCUGUCUGGGACCGAACAGCCCGUUUCACAAAGCUCGACAACACAACCGAACUCCGGCGAUGGAGCGAGUCGACGGCAGGAACGGCGAGCAGGUCCGACCGCUGAGGUACCACCUGAACCCACCGACUGACAUCCCACUGACCCCGCCCCACAAAGAGGUUCAUGACAGACCUGCUCCUCCCUCUAAGCCACUCCCCCCUGACCCCGCCCUAAAAUCCCAGUCGCAGGUUCCUGUCCCACUCAAACCUCUGGUGCCCAAGAAGCCCCGCCCACUGGCGCCGCCGUCCAACCCCUACCUGCCCCCGCACCCCGGGUACCCCCCCAGCACCAAACCACCCCCGCAUGGAGCCGUCGCACCUGCAGCUGCCCCCAACAGACGACCUCCUGCUCCUCCUGCUCCUCCGUUCCGACCCACAGUCCCUCAGAAAGUCCAGACGUCGCCUCCUCUUUAACCUGGGGGCGGGUCUGGGGGAGGGAGGGCGGGGCGUCAUGCGCUGGAGACUGAGGAUGAAGACGAUGAAGAUGAUGAAGAUGAUGAUGACUUUAUUAUCCACUCAGUCAUCGGAUUUCUCCUUCACCCUCCGUGAACUCAGACGCUGUCGACGUGACAGUGAUGUAUCAGUGCCUUGCUCAGCGGCACCUCGGCAGUGACCGUGCGGACGCUCGGGAAUAAAACCCGUGACCUUUGACCCCUGGUUGAUGAUUUCCACAUUAAUGUGUCUCGGUGUGAUAAAACAGCCGGGGGGGGUCAGUGCCUUGUUGGACGGGGAUCAAACCUGUGAUCACAGCUGUGGUUCAGGGCCCUGCAGGAGCCAGAGGACGAUCCUACACACAACAGACUCUCUGAGGAUCAGGUCUUUAUGGGACUCUGCUGGCUCAAAGUGAACUGUGCGCCGGGUUCUGUCUCUGCUGGAUCAGGUUUUUAUUUUUCUAACCCGCCUUGAGAUGAUCUCUGUCAGACAGCUGAGACUGAACGCCAGCUGUUUAUAACGUUACGCCAAAGACGAGCCGGACGAACAACACGACUGAAACCAGGUGGAUUUAAAGAUGCUGGAAGAUUUUCUCUGCUUCACGUUGAAGGAAUUUAUCCAUUUUACAGACGAUGUGAUUAUGUGAUUAUAUGAUAAUUCUGCUUCAACACAAAACAAAACUUUUUCUCAUAUAAAAACACAAACAGCUUUUUUCUACAGAACGUUUUUUUGUCACUGUUUUUUUGCACACCUGUCGGUCUCAGUGCUGGACUCAGACAGGUGAACCUGAACCUGGUUUUCACGUUAUCACAUGAAGUGCUGCUUAUGUCAGACUGAACUAAUGUCUCAAUGUGGCACCUGAACAAAACAUACCAGUUCAGAAGUUUUUUUAUCCAACUGUGUUUUAUAUUGAAUGAAUCAUUUACCACACAGAGUCACAGGUGUGUCUCUGAACCCUGUCCAAUCAGAUCGGUUCACCACAGGUAGAUCACUGAAGCAAACACAGUGAAGUGAAUGCAGCGCUUUGAUUAUCUUCAUGUUUAUUCUCUUGCGGCUUCGUAAAACAAGCGGCACACUGACAUGGAUAAAUGAAGCGCACCCUGUCACUCAACAACUCUGUCCAAAAACUGAAUCUGAAUGUAAAGGAGCAAACUGACAGAAAAGUGAUGUUAGUAAUAAAAGAGUCUGUGCUGCUACAAACCAGCUGCUGCAGAACUGAAUGAUUUCACCCAACGAUCCUUAAAUCCUCUGAGCGAACACGCCCGAUCAUUCAGACUGAUUGGUUGAUUUAUUGGCUGAUCUAUUGAUCGGUGUUCAUGCUGAUACCGUCCUGCUGUGUUCUGUUUGCUGCUGGAGGAAAAGUCCUCAAUAAAACUAAAGAUAUUUCUACAUGA